GUGCCCCACAACUGGGAAACCCUCGUGAAGAAGGCGAAUUAUCGUCAAAUUGCCGUCCAGAUAUAGUGUGGUGGAUGGUGUUCACACCGCGACGUAUGGAACCUCUAUGGUUUGGGAAUCUGUGUGGUCAACAUCUGUGGUGUUGGUGCACCAUAUUGGUGUUGUGCUUCAAGAUAUUUCUACCAGCACAGUGUCUGUUCUGAACAGCACCCAGCCACUGGUGGCAGACGCCCUUCAGCACACUCUUGGCCUGCUGUGCUCCUGGCACCCAGCAGCCAACAUCUCCUUGCCAUCUGUAGGCCUGGUGGAGCUUGAUGAAUUCCAAACUAGUCUGCUGCUUGUGAUCUUGGGUAUCCUUGCCACUAAUGUGGUGCUAGUCUACCUGGCCUGGUCUCUAUACGGCGAGCGGAUCGUGGAGCACUUCACUGGUACUGAUACUGCUGAUAAACUCCGCGAGCUUGGUCUGCGUCAAAAUUUACCCAAGGAGUACAUGCCCAAAUACUGAUCACCCGGCCGGCCCCGACACAACCGCGGUCAGCACCUCCACCCCACCAUGGAUGCACUGAAGAAGUUCAUCGAGAAGAAGCGGUCUGAGGCCAAGUUUAAGAAGGCAGGCCGCGGACAUCGGAUGGACGAGCCGAGCGGGGGCGGCGCACGGCCGGCCGGUCCGGCGCCGGUCCAGGAGCGCCAGCACCCAUCCAAGAGCUCGCAGCUGGCUGGCGCGGCGGCGCUGGCCCGGCACCAGCAGACGCAGCAGCAGCACAGCGCCUCCAGCCGGUCGCUGGCCGUGAUUCGGGCGCAGGCUCGCAAGCAGCUGGAGGAGGAGGCGGCGGCGGCGGCGGGCGCUGCCGAAGGCGGCGCCACACCGGCCGGACCUCGCGUCACCGAGCUGGAGAUGGCCCCCAACCUGGCCGUCAACGGCGUCUACUACAAGUGUGCCAUCAUCGGAGGCGAGGUACUUCCGAAGGCGGAGAUACAGCUGAAGAUCAAAGAGUUUCUCUACGAGCAGCUGGUGGAAGAUGGUGGCAUAUCUUCAUGCCUCAUUAUCCACUCGUGUAACCCAAACAAGGAAAAGGUGCAGACCUGCGUGCAGACGCUCUCCACAUACGUGGACAACAUCAUGCAGCAGCCGGCCGAGCCCAAAUUCCGCCGGAUCCGUCAGUCGAACCGCGCCUACACGGAGCGCGUGGCGGCCGUGGAAGGCGGCGCCGAGUUCCUCGCGGCGGCCGGCUUCCAGUGCGAGCAGCUGCCCCACGGCGACGGCGUGGAGGCGUUCUGGGUGUUCCCGCCCGACGGCGACCUCGAGCGGCUCCAGCUGCUGCGUGACGCGCUGCUGGGCGCCGAGCCGAUCGUGCCCGAGCUGGACCGGAAUGUGCGGGCGCUGAUGCCCAGCCAGGCGUCGCGCCAGGUGGCGCUGCCGCCAGACUUCUUCGCCAUCUCGCCGGAGGAGCUCAAGCGCGAGCAGCAGCUCAGAGCGGAGGUGGUGGAGAACAUGACGCUGCUGCAGACGCGCGCCAUGCGCGAGCGGGCUGAGCAGCGCGAGCUCAGGAAGUACCGCUACUGCCUGGUGCGCGUCCGCUUCCCCGACGGCAUCACGCUGCAGGGUACAUUCCGAGUGCUUGAGCGUGUGGCCAGCAUCUUCGCCUUUCUCCGCGAGAAUCUAGUCAAACCAGACACGGCCUUCGAUCUGCUGACACCCACUGGUCACCAGCUGAGUCCCGACGACCCGACGACGCUGGCCGAGGCGAAGCUAGUGCCAUCUGUGCUGCUCACCUGGCAGCCGAGGUGCGGCGCCGCGCCGCCCGGCGGCACCACCACCGCCUACCUGCUGCCCGAGCUGAUGGAAAUGAUCGAGGAGCUUGGCUAGGCGGCUCCGCUGAUAACGCGAGCCCCGCUGCGAGUGCGUGAUGAAUUGGGAGCAAUUGCCGUGCCGUGCUGCGUGUCUGUGAGGUGGUGUCUCGCGCGCGUGCUGCCAGGCGGUGCUAAGGGUCGGCCGCGGUGCGUCGCGUGAUGGCCGCUGCCGCGAGCCGGCGUGUCGCGCGGCGCUGGCGGUGAUUUUUGCGGCUGUAUCUCGCCGAUCGUGUUGCCGGCCGGCGGGUCGGAUAGGGGUGUGGGCAGCGGCAGGGGGUCUGCCGCCGGGCUGUUCAGCUAUUCUUGUCCAAUACAUGGUUGCCUGUC